AUGGCCACCUCAAACUGCGACGACUGCACCUUUCUCCAAUACAUCCCGUAUUGGCUGCUCUAUUACAGCUGGCACUGGAUCCUCCUGCUCAUCUACUUCAACUGGUGGACGUCAUUCAUGGCAGGCCCAUGGCCAGAGCCCAGGCCGAAGGCGACCCUCUGGCUCGAGAAACGGGGAUACAUACGGUCCCGAAGAGACGCUCGCAAUCUCUUCAUCGUUCAUCUGGUCCUGCUGGCAUUGGAGCCUAUCGAGGGGCACUGGGUUCUGACGGGCUGGUAUCGCAUGUGGUUGCCAGGUUGGAGGAUGAAGGUCCACGAAUCCGAUUGGGAAGGGCAUUUUGUGAAGUUUGUCAAUAUGGUUGCUAUGCCUAUUGGGAUUAUUGGACUUGUGUUGGUUGGGAUACAUUUGGUUCUGUCUACGGUGCUGCAUCUUUCGGACUUGUGGGCCUGGGAGCCAAAAAGGGAGGCUGAGGCUAGCAAAUGA